UGGAGUUGACAUGGAUAAUUUCAACAGUGACAUAAUAUUUGGCAUUUUCCCCGAGUGGUCGUAUUCAGUGGAUAGCCAACAUUUUACUCUCAUUGAGAAAUCCACAUUUCAAGAGAAAUUCAUUAUAACUAAGUAUCAGUUAAUGGGAUGUGAAAUAGAGCAGUCUCAGAAAGAUACCUUCUUCAGAGUUGUGAUAGAAUACCUUUUCACCGAAAAUGUUAACGAAGUUCAUGUGACUGAUACCAUAGAUAAAAUCUAUAAGUUCAAACUGCCAGGAUCUUCCACAGGAACAAGCUUUGGAGUUGUGGAAACCUUCGACUUCAAUCUACAAACUCCAACCGACGCCUUCAGAUUUGCUGGCACUGCGACUAUUGACACAUCAUUCACUUUAUGGUCUGAUACAGAGUUGAACAUGACGAAAGUACCUGUUGAGAAAGGACAGUCAAAGCAAGGUAAAACACCAAGUUUCUGUUGCUUUGGUCGAAGUGAAACUGCUCCAUAAUCAACGCUCGAUAGGAAUGGCUCAUACAAAGUGUCCAAUGAUGUGGUGUGAAUUUUGUAGAUUUGGAGACUUUUAAGUGAGAUUCAGGUGAAAAAGUCAGUGAAAAUGAUAGGAGGCUCCAGUUGUCAUAUGUUUCUUUUUGACUUCCUUCCAUAAUAUAAGCUGUGUUCGAGUUAUCGUGUAAUAUUAUGGCACAGUUGCACAAAAGCCGGUUGAAUUUUAAUCGUGAUUAAUUCCACGAGCACCAAUAAGAGAAGGCUGUUUCGAGGAGAAGGCAAGUCUGAUUGGUUCUUGUGAAAUUAAUCACGAUUAGAAUAUUCAACCGGCUUCUGUGCAACCAGCAUUGGGUCUUCUUAAAUAUUAAUAAUAAUAAUAAUAAUAAUAAUAAUAUAAUAAUAAUAAUAAUAAUAAUAAUACAGAAUAAUAGUAGGUUUUCAACGUGUAGAAUCACAGCUCAAGGCCUUUGUAAGUUGCACAAGUCAAAAAUGAAAAGAUGAAAAAGUUCAGGUACAUUGAUAUAAAUGUCUUCGAGUUGCUCAUGUAAUAGGGUGGGAGGCCAGGGACUUUGUUAGCACCCUAUUUUGUAACAAAUAAAAAGUAUAUAAUAAUUGCUUUUAAAAUCUCUACUCAACUAUUAACCUGUUUAAACUAUUUGAAUCCACGGUUGGGAGCUUUGGAUGGAUUCGUUCAUGCAAAUGCCAAGAUCCUCACUAUUGUUUAACAACACUUGUUUCAGAAACAAGUAACUUAUCACGAGCCAGGAACGUGAGAUGAAAGAUUUUGUAGAAAUGCUACUGAUUUAUUAGUUGAAUUAUACAAUUAUCGGUCAUCUUUGAAAUUCUGUUACAUCGAAUUAUAAUAUUCACUGUAAUCAAUCCGGUUAUUUAUUCAAUUACUUGUUUCAAUAUUACAACAUUAAAAA